UAAAUUGAUUAAAAACAAAGCAAGCCAACAUUUUAAUGUUCCUUCUCACAGAUCGAAAAUUCAAAAGUGACAAAUUUUUAACAUUACAAUUAUGAGCCGAAAGAACGAAACGCAAACCCAUUCAAUGGGCAACGACUGCAACCAGGAACAAUCGAACUAUGAGGAAUUCGGCAACAGCAGCCUGGCUAUUGACGCACUUGCUGUGUUGAAUGGUCUGCAAAAUGCCAAAAACGAAUUGCAGCUGCUUCAAAUCGAAAAUUUAGAAGAGAGAUUCAAAACGUUCCGUCAGAUCCAUGAGCGUCAUGUGGCCCGCGUAGCCGCGCUAAAGGCCCAAUUGGAUGCUGAUUGGGCACUUUUUUGUGUCGAUGUAAAGGCAUAUAACGACGGUUACGAAAUAUAAUUAUAUAAUAUAUUUCCAAUUCAUAAUAAUUAGUAUUCUAUUUUCAUUAAAUUGUUCGUGAAAUCUAAUU